UGAGGCAGUAGCAGUGAAAGUGCAGCUUAGCGAAUCUCCACACACAUGCACACCUACACCCACUCACACACACACACACACACACACACACACUGCACACCGCUGUGGUGGUGAGUCCGCUACUGCGUGUGCCAUUGCAAUAACAUAUUUAGGUGGGAGGAUUUUCACGUCAUGGUGAUGGUGGUGAUUACCUGGCUGCCAUCAGUGAGGGGGAAGACCAACAUGUAGAGACAGAGAGGCAGCGGAGGUAACAGCAGAACAGCAGCAAUGGGAAGCCACACAUGGAGCGGGUCUGGACUGCAGCCGUGGUGAACCUGAGACCAAGAGGACUUGUAACCACCAUCAUUGCCCUUCUCAGGACCUGACCACUGGGGCUGUCCAGCGCUCACCUGGAUGCUCCCCACUUGUGUUUCGUCAUCCCCUCCUCUCCUUGUUCUUGGCUGCUCUUUCUCCUCUUCUUCUGUUCUUCUCUUUGAUGGUUUUUUGUCUGCUGGUAUCUGACCAUCUCUCCUGAAACAGCACUGCUCAUCGAUUUAUACCCUUGCAUCCCCCCUCCCCCUUUUUAACCUCUGUAUUUGCCUAUUUUACCCACAAGUGGGACCCCCCCAUUUAUGGUUGUUGUUGCCUGCUUCACACCUUUUUGGGAUUUUUUGGAUGAGUCUGAGCUCAUCUUUCUGUUGUACAAGAUUUUUGAUUGAUCUAUAAGCAAUAACAAACACUAAUCUAACUGACUUGACUCGCUGACAUCAUGGGGGACAUGUCUAACAGCGAUUUUUAUGCCAAGAACCAAAGAAACGAGGGCAGCCAUGCAGCAGGCUUCGGCUGCUCGCUCAUGGAUCUGCGCUCGUUGAUGGAGCUGCGUGGUACAGAGGCAGUGGUCAAGCUCCAGGAGGACUACGGGGGCGUAGAGGGUCUGUGCAAACGACUGAAAACCUCACCCACAGAAGGUCUCGCAGGGGCCCAACCUGACCUUGACAAGAGAAAAGAAAUAUUUGGGAAAAACCUGAUACCUCCAAAGAAGCCAAAAACCUUCCUGCAGCUGGUAUGGGAGGCCCUGCAGGAUGUUACCCUCAUCAUCCUGGAGAUUGCUGCCUUGAUCUCCCUGGGCCUCUCCUUCUACCACCCUCCCGGCGAGAGCAGCGGAGCAUCCUGUGGCGCGGCGGCAGGUGGGGUAGAGGAUGAGGGUGAGGCGGAUGCUGGCUGGAUCGAGGGUGCAGCCAUCCUAUUGUCUGUGGUGUGUGUGGUGGUGGUUACAGCCUUCAAUGACUGGUCGAAGGAGAAGCAGUUCCGUGGGCUGCAGAACCGAAUCGAGCAAGAGCAGAAGUUUCAGGUGGUCCGCGGUAGCCAGGUCAUACAGCUGCCUGUGGCUGACAUAGUGGUGGGGGAUAUUGCACAGAUCAAAUACGGUGAUCUGCUUCGCAAUGACUUGAAGAUUGAUGAGUCAUCUCUCACUGGAGAGUCCGAUCAUGUCAGGAAGGCUGCAGACAAGGACCCCAUGCUGUUGUCUGGGACCCAUGUGAUGGAGGGGUCAGGCCGCAUGGUGGUGACUGCCGUCGGUGUCAACUCUCAGACCGGGAUCAUCUUCACCCUGCUUGGGGCCAGCACAGAGGAAGAGGAGAAGAAAGAGAAGAAAGGUAAAAUGCAAGAUGGCAAUAUGGAGAGCAACCAGAUUAAAGUCAAGAAGCAGGAUGGAGCAGCUGCCAUGGAGAUGCAGCCUCUAAAGAGCGCUGAAGGUGGAGAGACUGACGAGAAAGAGAGGAAGAAGGUGUCUGUUCCAAAGAAAGAAAAGUCUGUGCUGCAAGGGAAGCUGACCAAACUGGCCGUCCAGAUUGGCAAAGCAGGUUUGCUCAUGUCAGCCAUCACAGUCAUCAUCCUGGUCCUGUACUUUGCCAUUGACAACUUUGUGAUGCAGAAGCACCCUUGGAUGCCAGAGUGCACUCCCAUCUACAUCCAGUACUUUGUCAAGUUCUUCAUCAUUGGUGUGACUGUGUUGGUGGUGGCCGUGCCGGAGGGGCUGCCGCUGGCUGUCACCAUCUCCCUGGCAUAUUCUGUCAAGAAAAUGAUGAAAGACAACAACCUAGUGCGUCACCUGGAUGCAUGCGAAACAAUGGGCAAUGCUACAGCCAUCUGCUCUGACAAGACAGGCACGUUAACCACCAACCGUAUGACGGCUGUGCAGUGUUACGUUGGAGAUGUGCACUACAAAGAAAUCCCAGACCCUGGAGUUCUGCCACCCAAAUCACUGGACUUACUGGUCAAUGCCAUCUCCAUCAACAGUGCCUAUACCACCAAAAUACUGCCUCCAGAUAAGGAAGGAGGUCUGCCGAAGCAGAUGGGCAACAAGACAGAGUGUGGCCUGCUGGGAUUGGUCUUGGGCCUGAAGCGAGAUUACCAACCAAUAAGAAACCAGAUCCCAGAAGAGAAGCUUUACAAAGUCUACACCUUCAACUCUGUCAGAAAGUCCAUGAGCACUGUCAUCAAAUUGCCUGAUGGGAGCUUCCGCAUGUACAGCAAAGGAGCGUCUGAGAUAGUCCUCAAAAAAUGCAACCAUAUUCUGAAUGAGGUGGGUGAGCCGAGGGUUUUCCGUCCACGGGACAAAGAUGAGAUGGUGAAGAAGGUGAUUGAGCCCAUGGCAUGUGAUGGCCUGAGGACCAUCUGUGUGGCAUACCGUGACUUCACCAGCAAUCCUGAGCCUAACUGGGAAGAUGAGGGCAACAUCCUCAAUGACCUCAUAGCCAUCUGUGUCGUUGGAAUAGAGGACCCUGUCAGGCCAGAGGUGCCUGAUGCCAUCCAGAAAUGUCAGCGUGCAGGCAUCACAGUGCGCAUGGUCACAGGAGACAACAUAAACACAGCCAGGGCCAUAGCCAUCAAGUGUGGUAUCAUCCACCCUGGAGAGGACUUCCUCUGCAUUGAUGGCAAAGAGUUCAACAGGAGGAUUCGCAACGAGAAAGGAGAGGUGGAGCAGGAACGUAUUGACAAGGUUUGGCCUAAACUCCGAGUUCUGGCCAGAUCCUCCCCAACUGACAAACACACACUCGUCAAAGGAAUUAUUGACAGCACUCUGGCAGACCAGAGGCAGGUGGUGGCUGUGACAGGAGAUGGGACCAAUGAUGGACCUGCUCUUAAGAAAGCUGAUGUCGGCUUUGCCAUGGGUAUUGCUGGUACAGAUGUGGCUAAGGAGGCGUCAGAUAUCAUCCUGACCGAUGAUAAUUUCAGUAGCAUUGUCAAAGCAGUGAUGUGGGGUCGGAACGUCUACGACAGCAUCUCCAAAUUUCUUCAGUUCCAGCUGACUGUCAAUGUUGUGGCCGUCAUAGUAGCUUUCACUGGCGCUUGCAUCACACAGGACUCUCCCCUGAAGGCAGUGCAGAUGUUGUGGGUGAACCUGAUCAUGGAUACAUUUGCUUCCCUGGCUCUGGCGACAGAGCCUCCCACAGAGUCUCUGCUGAAGAGGAAGCCAUAUGGUCGCAACAAGCCUCUCAUCUCCAGCACCAUGACAAAGAACAUCUUGGGACACGGAGCCUAUCAGCUCAUCAUCAUCUUCACACUUCUCUUUGUUGGUGAAAAGAUCUUUGACAUUGACAGUGGUCGUAAUGCACCUCUCCAUUCUCCUCCGUCUGAGCACUACACCAUCAUCUUCAACACGUUUGUCAUGAUGCAACUCUUUAAUGAGAUAAAUGCAAGAAAAAUCCAUGGAGAGAGGAACGUCUUUGAUGGAAUCUUCAGGAACCCCAUCUUCUGCUCUAUUGUUUUUGGCACCUUUGCUGUGCAGAUUGUGAUUGUGCAGUUUGGAGGGAAGCCAUUCAGCUGUCAACCUCUGGACCUGGAAAAGUGGAUGUGGUGCAUUUUCCUCGGCCUAGGAGAGCUUGUCUGGGGACAGGUGAUAUCCAGCAUACCCAACAGUAGGCUACGCUUCCUGCGGAGGGCAGGCCAAUUAACUCAGAAAGAUGAGUUACCAGAAGAGGAUGUAAAUGAAGAAAAUGAAGAAAUUGACCACGCAGAAAGGGAGCUGAGGAGAGGACAGAUCCUCUGGUUCAGAGGACUGAACCGCAUUCAAACUCAGAUCCGUGUUGUGAAUGCAUUCCGUAGCUCCCUCUAUGAAGGCCUGGAAAAAACAGACUCCAGAACAUCCAUCCACAACUUCAUGACACACCCCGAGUUUAGGAUAGAAGACUCCACGCCCAACAUCCCACUCAUUGAUGACACGGAUGAUGAUUCUGCUCGGAGAAGGAGGAAGUACUCCAGCCAGCCGUCGUCCCCUAACAAGAACAACAACGCCAUUGACAGUGGCAUCAAUCUCACCAUCGACACCAGUAAAUCAGCCGCUUCCUCCAGCCCCACUAGCCCUCUGCACAGCUUGGAGACCAGUCUCUAACCCCAAUCCUGACCUCAGUUCUAAUCUCUAACAUCUUUUCCUUGCAGUCUGGGGGUGCCUGCUCCAAAUCCUCCAGACAUUUAACUGCUCCUUACACCUUGUCUUUCCCAAAAUUUCACCCAGUCCAGCUGAAAUCUCACCUCCCAGUCACUCAAACUCCAGUUUAUCAGACACACAGGACAGGUCCUGUGGCAAAAUGUUCAUCUUUCCCCCAGAACCUUGAGCUCUUAAAGCUCUCUGCUCAUCUCAAAAUGGAGAAAAUCUAAACUAAUAUGGCAAGGUGAAAAAACAAACUAACAUACAAUCAAAAAAGCGCAAUGAAGCCACAAAACCUACACAGCCAUCCUGCUUUUGUGGUUGUAUGUGUAUGGUGGCGAUGGUUGUGUAUGACUAUAUGCGUGUUAGCAUGUAUUGUAUAAGCGUGCCGCUGACUGCACAGAUGUAUGAACUGUGAUGAUGAGGAGGGAGACACUGAUGAGGAGUAAAACCUGACAGACUUCAAACUCACCUUACACUCCCUCUCCUCAUCAAAAACAUUGUUAAUACUGAUAAUAGUUUAAAUUAAAUUGAAAAACAUUGUUAUUAUUCUGAUUCUGAUUAUUAUUGUUAUUAUUACCUGUUGCUCCUGCAUGAAUGUACAUUACCCAAAUUUUAUUUAAAAACGUUUUACUUUUGUUGGAGUUUUUUUGUUCCGAUGGGCUAGGCCUCACGGCAAACUAUUUCAAAGACAGAUUCCCUGAGUUCCUGGCCUGCAAAGUUCCCUCUUCUGUGUGGCAUGAACAUGUACCCGACUGUAAAAAUUAAUUUAAUCCAUAAACAGAAAUGUGUAACGAGGUGGUAAGGCUCAACUUGCACAGUAAUUUUGCACCUGAAGGAAAAAAGGAAUGCAAAAUAAUGAUGAUGAUAGCAUUUAUGGAAUAUAUUCUAUAAGUAUAAAAUAUAAAUACAUAUAAAUAUAUUUAGAGAGAGUUUAUCUUUGUUUGUUGGCAUGUUGCCUUGUUCCUGCUUCAGUGGCUCAAAAUACUUUGAUUUAUUUAUGUCUUAAAGAGAAUGUAAUUUGUUUACAACCUCAUAGAGAUAAACUUCCUGGUUUCUACAAGGAGGCAAGCUCAGAAGGACCAGAGCGGUGUUGGUGUGUUAAUACUAAAAAUAACCAUGUGGUGGAAUUUGCCUGCUAUCUUGUCAAAUAUUGUAGAUAUUUUAAGAGGAUCAACGAACAAAAAGAAACCAAAAUGUCAUGGGAUACGUAGUAAAUGUGGAAUCUAAGUAUUACUCUGUAUGAUUGUUGGGAUCAAGUUGGAGUAGCUUGUCACUGUAUUUCUAAACAGAGGCCUCCUUUUUCUGACAGGGGGAAUAUUUAAUUCUUUUUUCACUACUUAUACUUCUCUUUUUUGUUUUGUUUUGUUUUGUUUUGUUUGUGUCAGUGCUGACCUGGGGUCAGGGCUCGAGUCAAAGGCUGAUAUCAGGACCUUUCCAGUGAACUGUCGUCUAGAUAUAUCUGCUUGUUCAAAGAACUUGUUGUUUUAAAAAAUAUGUGUGACCAUCAUGAGGUUGCAGUUGAGACAUAUUAUACAUUUGCAGAGGUAGGCUAUAUUUGGCUUACUUGUGCCACAUGGAGAUCAGACUUCUUUUUUGUUUGGAACAUAUAGAUUUUUUCCACAGUUUCGUUUUCUCUGGCAGAGAAUUACAACACAAACGGAAUGUCGCUUUGACUCUUUUUCAAUAUACAAAAAAAGGAAGA